AUGGCGGAGAUGGAGGCGGCCGCCGGCGCAAAGCACGUGAACGGCUCCGCGGCCACAAAGUCCACAACCAACCCCUACGAAACCAACCCUGAUCACAUUCCCAGCGAUGACCCGUUUCUGCCCCAGAGCGCGCAGUAUGGCCGCUACACACCCCGCGCCGACGAUUUCACCCCUCGCUUCAUGAACUGGUAUCGGUCUGACCCGGCCGUGAACUCGUUCUGGGAGAAGGUCGCGCAGCAAUACUGUACCCCGGAAUACUCACUCAAUAUCUCAGGGCCGAGGGAGGCAUUCGCGGCCGGGAGUAUAAUUAUUCGGGUUGACCGCGAACUGGCCGAUGGAGCGGCGGCUGAGGGAUACUCAUCUGCGAAUGCGAAUGAAUUGUCAGCCGCGCAAAAGGCAGAGGACUCGCUCAGAGAGAUUGGAGUCGCAGUGCCAGUGGUAUAUUUUUGCGGGACCAUUGAGGGGAGGAACGUGACAAUCGAGUCCCGCAUUGCGGGCGUCUCGCUGGAAGUUGCGUGGAGGUACCUCGACACGGAGCAGAUCGAAGUUUUCAAAAACCAGUGUCGCCAGAUCCUCCAACGACUCGGAACAAUCGAUUCUCCCCCGGACGAACCGUCCUACAUAUGCCGUGAACUCAAUUCCCAGAUUCCGCCCUCCGUCGAGCCUCGCGAACGAGAUAUCCUAUUCACAGACAAAAGCAAGGAGGAGGAGCUAUCUUUGACACACAACAACUUCAUCCCGAGCAAUAUCAUUGUCCAGGAUAAUCGGGUGGUGGGGAUUGCUGGGUGGCGACAAUGUGGAUAUUUUGGCACCGUUAGAGCUAAGAAGGUCCAUCGACUCUUCAGGGAUCUUGACACUGCGCCUCAAAAUGGCGUGGCCAGUUCCGAGAAGAGUGUGACUUGGACCGACCUCUACGAUGGUGACUAUGACCCCAGUAAGGGCAUUCCGCUGGUCGCAAACCAAGAUACACCACUGCCGUCAGUUAAAACCGAACCUACAAGCUCUACCCUCGACAAAUUCCCAGCUAGCGAUGACUUGGACACAAAUUCACUAGGUCUCGAUGGCACGGGCGACUACGCGACGUCAAAAACAGUGGCGAAUCUCAAGCACGGGCUGACAUCAAGAGCGUCAUCGUCCGACCGGUCCUCCCCAGCAAAUUCCGUCAAACCAGCAAACAAAAAGCCCACAACAACCACUAGCAAAAAGGGAACUGCAAAGAAACCUGCCGCCAAGAAGCGCAAGCAAAACACCCGCCAAGAAGCAAAAUUCUGUCUCGAUAGCAGGGUCACCACCCCCGAGGAGAAGAAGAAGCCACAGAAGAAGAAGAAAAAAGGGCCCAAACCAGCUGCUGCGCAGGACAACGACGAUUCCGACAGCUUUGAUGAAAAUGCGAUCUUCUGUAUCUGCCGCCGACCCGAUAACCAUACGUGGAUGAUCGGGUGUGACGGCGACUGUGAUGACUGGUACCAUGGGAAAUGCGUCAAUAUCGAUCCUCGAGAUGCGGAUCUGAUCGAGCGGUAUAUCUGCCCGAAGUGCGCAAGUGAAGGAAAAGGAUGCACAACCUGGAAACCGAUGUGCCGCCUGGUCGAAUGCCGGAAACCGGCGCGCGCCAAGACGAAGCCCCCGAGUAAAUACUGCUGCGAUGAUCACGGCCGGGAAUUCAUGCGUCAACAGACUCAGCAGCUUAAACAGCGUGCCGGUCAGGCGAACGGUCUCUUUGAAGACCUGGGUAGCAUGGGUGGCAUUCUUACAGCUGGAGACCUGAAAGCUGCCAUUAUGGGGGUAGCAUCUACACAAGAAUUCCGAAAUCUCGGAGAUCGCAUCAUCUCCCCGCCGCCACAGGUAGACGAAAACGAAACUGCCGUCGCUGGAAUCAAGGCUGAAUCAAAGCCGCAGAGCGGCAGAUGGUUGGGAGUCGACGUCCAUGCCGUUGGCAUGGAAUACUCGUCCGAUGAGAUUGCGAAGAUCGAAAAGCUGCGCACGCAGCGUGAGGAGCUACUUCAUCGCAAGGAGAUGCUUGCUGCACGCACGACGUUUGUCUCGCUUCUCAAGCCACGCGCCAAGGGCGUAGUAGAGAAACUGAAGCAACACGAGCCGAAGGGUGGAUGGAAAGAUAUCUGUGGCUUUGACUCGCGGCUCUCGUGGUCCGACGAAGAAUUCGACGAAUGGCGACUCUCCGACGCUGGAAAGAAAGCUCUCACGGAGGGAACAGCCGAAGCUUUGGCUGUGAGCUCCUCGGCUGGCACCGAUGCAGACGGGGACACAGCGAUGAACGGCGACGGUGAUGACGAUAUCGCAUUUUGGACGCGUGGCGUCUGCACGAAGAAGCGGUGUGAGAGACACAAGCAGUGGGUCAAGGUGCAGCAGCAGGACAUUCUCUUCGAGGAGGAAACGGCAGAGCAGGACCUCGCCAAGUGUGAGGAGGAAGCUCGAUCUGUGGUGGAGCGGGGUGUGAUGAGACGAUGGGCCGAGAAGGAUAAUCAGGCUUGA